AUGCUUGAGGGGAAUUGGCCGGUUGCGGAGAACACGCGGCUGCAGCGGUGCGGCCGCUACACAGUCUUUGCGUGCCUCCUUACUUUGGCCACCUUUGGUGUCGCGUUGUUCACAGCUUAUAGCUGGGAUAAUCCUGGCUUUGUCAGCCUUUCUGCGGCGUUACAGGUGGGUCUUUCCGGUGAGGACGACGAUCUCACAGACCAGGGCUUUUCAGUCAACGAGUCGGAGAUGUCAGCGUCAGAGCUGCAGGGACGCUUUUGGCCCGACCAAAAGAAUGUGACGAGCAAUGCCACGACAGAAGUGGUUCCUCGUACUGCUGUGUCCCUUCCUGGCACUUCGAAGUUGAUUCUGGUGAACUGUGCGGAGGAUGGAAAGCCGAUCAAGAAGAAAGGCUCGAAAGAUAGAAUACUCCACUGCCCGCACCAGUGCAACAUGACAAAUAACAAAGCAGAUCUUUCUCGAGCUGACGCGGUUGUCUUCAAUCCUUUGUGGAUGGCACCGCUCAAAGUACCACCAAGGACAAAGGCUCCGGGACAAAUUUGGGCAUACAGUUUCCACUUCGAGUCUGCCUCUGGGCAUGGUUUCGCGCGCGGAACCACCAAGGCCUUGUCGGGCAAAGUGGACUUGACGAUGACAUACAAGGGCAGGUCGGACAUCUUCCGACCCUACUACAGGCUCAGCGCCUUGCAGCCCGGCCUACCAGAUGUUCACGUGGAUUAUGCAAAAGGGAAGCCCUAUUUGCUGCUGUGGUUCGUCUCAAACUGUGGAGCCAGGGGGCGCAUGAGCCUCUUCAAGCAACUUCAGAAGCUUCUGGGUCCAGACAAGGCCCACAUGUUCGGGUCCUGUGGAAUGCGCUCGGGCUGCAAGUCAAAGCACAGCGCAGACCCCUGCAAUGUACAGCUCAUGUCCAAGUACAAGUUCUACGCGGCUUUCGAGAAUGCUCGCUGCGAAGGCUACAUCACGGAGAAGUUUUUUCGGGGCCUCAUCAGAAGCACGCCCAUGGUGCCGCUGGCAUUGGGAGGCCUGGGAAGAAGGGACUACGAGUACAUCGCGCCACCGGAGUCCUUCCUGCACGUUGAUGACUUCUCCUCCGUAGAAGCCUUGGCCAAGACCUUGCUUGAAAUCGAUGCCGACGAUCGAAGGUACAACCGAUUUCACGCCUGGCGUCAGAGAUUGACUGUGACAAGCCAGCAUGCGAACUACCACACCGCCUACUGCGAGCUGUGCGAACGCCUGCACAGCGGACAGCACCUUCAUCCCAGGUCGUAUGGCACGAGCCUGGAACGCUGGAUGUUUGACGGGUGCCUGAGCGACGGCCCGCGCUGGAAAGCUUGA